AUGCAAGAGCAGAUGCUGCCUCAGCCGUUAAAGGAGAUGCAAAUCAGAAAGAGAUUGAGGAUUAUGGUGGCAAUUGACGACAGUGAUGGGAGCUUCUAUGCUCUUAACUGGGCUCUUGACAAUCUUGUUGAUGCCAUUGUUCCAACAACUGAACCGAGCCAGGAAGAAUCUGGCCUGGUCACACUGGUUCAUGUUCAACAGCCCUUCCAGCACCACAUGUACCCUGCUGGUUCUGGUGGAGCAGCAGCUUUUUAUGCAUCAUCUUCGAUCAUAGAAUCUGUGAGGAAAUCGCAGGCAGAAAAUGCUACGGCGCUACUCUCCCGUGCAUUACAGAUGUGCAAAGAUAAGAUGAUCAAAGCAGAAACUCUUAUUCUUGAAGGGGAUCCGAAAGACAAAAUUUGUCGAGCCACAGAGCAAAUGCAGGCUGAUGUCCUUGUUGUUGGCAGCCGUGGUCUAGGCAAGAUCAAAAGAGCACUCCUAGGAAGUGUAAGUGACUUCUGCGCCCACCAUGCAAAAUGCCCCAUCCUUAUUGUCAAGCCACCAAAGGAGAUCACUAAGGAGAUAAGGAAGACCGAUGGAUAG